UAUCGAGAGCAUCCUCCACAUUGUGGUAGAUGAAAGUAGCAACAGCGAGGAAUACAGGUGCAGUGGUCCUUGCCUCGUCACAAUGGCAGCACGCAGUCGGCCCCGAGGUGGGCAUAUGAAGGAAGAGCUCGACGAGGAACGUUCUAUCUGGAGUCAGAUUCGUGAUGACGCAAAACGCAUCGAUUCUCUUCUGACAAGGGACGUGGAGAUUGUGGCAUCAAAUACAACAAUUGGCAAAAGACAUGGAUGCAUUGUUGGUAAGAGUGAUGGGACUGCUGACAAAAUCUUAUACUUGUCGGUACCGGGCGAUGGGAGGCCUUCAACGUUACUUUUUUUGCGACCAACUCGACUUUCUCAAUCAGGCGAUGCGCUUACACUGCUCUACAUUUACAUGCUAUUGUAAAACAUUUCGAACUAACAACUCUACAGGCCCAAUCAAACGCUGCUAGCAAGAAGAUCGUUGAUUUGACUGCGCAACAAGAGGCUCUUAUCAAACGGG